CAUUUACCAUUUAUACGUGUUAAAGUUAAAUGAGGGUGAACAUAAAUAAACAUUAUUUAUUGAAAUCAAGAAGUGAUAGAAUUAAGAUAAGGCUGUCAUUGGGUCCAGAAUAUGAUUUACUGAUAUAAUCCAUGAUGGGAAUCGAUUGAAGAUAUCUUGUUAUGUCUGUAGAACCCGCCCAACAAGACCAGGCUCACAGCAGAAGCCAACCGUGACGAUCAAGCGUCAAACGGGGACGUGCUGGCCACCGGAACGGUGGUAAGGCGGCGGGACACUACGGGGGCACUGUAGCAUAUCAUUACUUUCUUAAAUUGGUAAAUACAUUGGUCGGUUACAAAAUGUGUCACAGGAUGUAAACCACUGGUAACAAGGCGGCAUACACGUAAAAUACACAAAUGCAACGGAAGAAUUAACGUCGUCAAAUUCUACACAAUACAGAACUAGAAGCGAAUUGAUUGCAUCCUAAACGUAAAUCGUUUCUGUGUUGUGUAAAGUAGUGGAUAAGCUCGUACCGUACUUAGAAAGAAGUCAAUAUUAAAAUGGUACUUAAAAUGAGCAUUUUAAAACUUAUUUAUGACAUCAUGUUGUUCAUUUCGUUUCCUUCAUCUUUUUAUUAGGAUUCCAAGCGGACAAAGAGGACAGGAGACAGAAUUUUUUAACGUUUUAGUUUUGUGGUACCUAUAUUUUUGAUGACGUCGUUGUAAUUUAGUGUUAUACUUUUUAGUUCACCUUAGACGUCGUUUUAAUUUAGUGUUGUAUUUUCACUUGUAGUCUUAAAUGUUCGACGAAGAAGAUAUUAAAAGAAUGAUGACAAUGAAGAUGAUGACGGCUUUAUUGCUAGUAAAACAUUUUGCAAGCCGAAGGUUGAAUCGCACGUUUUAUGACAUCAUUGUCCACCUUAACAAAAAAGUCUAAGAUUGAAUAUUAAGGUUUACUAGGACUUGGCAACUACACCAACGUUUUAUGUGAAAAACAAAAAUAGUAAAAAGUGACCCCAAUGGCCUGACCAAAACUGGCCUACCAUUGGGCUAACCAAUAAAUUUCUAGCAUAGUGAGGAAAUUAUCUAAACACUAAAGGGAAAACGAAGGGCUCUCACCAUUGUUUUGGCCCGAUUUCUGGUUACAUGUCAGAUCGACAGUCAGUAAAAAGCUGUAACGUUACAUGUAUGGCUGGUAUCUAUGUAAAAAGGUAGUGGCUUGUUACUGAUAAAAUUGCAAAGAACAGAUGACAAUCUGUGAAACUGAACCAAAUUUUGUUCAUAACCAUGAUUCUAAAACUUCAAGGUCAUCAUAGAAAAAUGAGCAAAAUAUGUCAUGUAAGGGUGUGAAACCUGUCAUAAUAAUCAUGAUUGUAAAAUUGACUUUUGUAGGUUGAAUGAUUGCAUGAUAUUACAGAAUAGUCUUUGAGGGUUUUUGAGUGAUAUUUAUAAUGUUUAGAUCAUAGCAUCUAAUAGCCAUGCCCCCCUCCCCACUUUCAAGGUCACCCAUGCCCAACUAUUCUACAACUUUCUGAAGAGUUUCCCCAAGGUGAUUUUAACAUUUUUUAAUAAUGUUUAGGUCAUAAAAUCUAAUCAUGAUUAUGCCCCCCUCCCCACUCUCAAGGUCACCCAACUGUUCUACAACUUCCUGGAACUGUCGGAGGGCGAGGCGUACACGUUCCGUGCCUGCGCGGUGAACGCCGUCGGCGCUGGGCCGUAUGCACAGACUCCACCCGUGGAGACCAGGGAGAAACUCAUUCCCCCUGGCAUCAGACUGCAGGAGGAGAUGACAGUCCGUGCAGGAGAGACCAUCAACAUCGCGGCCGGCAUCACCGGCAAGCCCGUCCCCGCCAUCAGCUGGGAGCGCGGCGGGAAGCCUCUCAUGGCCGUGGACCGCGUCAGCCUGGUGAACGACGCCUCCUCCUCCAACCUGGACAUCAGGAAGUGCAUGAGGAAGAUCGACCAGGGAGUGUAUCAGGUUACAGCCAAGAACAAGGUCGGCACGGCCAGCAAACAGAUCAAGGUCACCAUCCUGGAUGUUCCUGGCGAGCCUAACGACGUGAAGAUCAGCCGUGUGUUCGCGAACGAGAUGACGGUGACGUGGAGCAAGCCGUACCAAGAUGGCGGCAGCCCCAUCACCAAUUACGUGGUGGACCGGCGCGACGUCCACAUGGUCACCUGGACUCAGGUGUCCGCUAGCAUCGACCCCAAGAAAAUGGUGAUUGUAGCCCACAAGCUGCUGGAAGGUGUGGAGUAUGUGUUCCGUGUCAGGGCAGAGAACAACAUCGGAGUCGGCCCACCAGCCGAGUCCAAACCUACCCUGGCCAGGAGCCCAUAUGGCCCACCUGGACCACCAGAAGCACCAGAAAUCACGGCAUCCGGUCGGAACUGGCUGAACAUCGUCUGGUAAAAGCCGAAGGACGACGGCGGCGCGCCCGUUAGCAAAAACCCGACACAAGGCUGACAGUACAAUUUUACUGAAAGGUCAAGAUCCCGACCUACCCGUGCACUCGAGCCGGCGUGGCCGGUUCCAGGCGAGAGCGCCCAGGUCCUGAAGCUGUAGUGUGUUCGGAGGAAGGGAAAAUCAUUAAUUCUGAUUCAGAUAAAGGUAACACCUUAAUUGUCGUUUGAUAAUCAUUACAAUAAGAAGGGCAAGGAAUUUGAGGUUCCCGAACAGGUUGCUUCUUUUCCGAGAUCAGUAUUUUCUCACAAGCUAACGUAUUCUGAGUUUAAAAAGAGGAAAGAAGCAUUUCCCACUCCGCCUAAUGUUGAAUUCGCGCUUCGGGCGCCGACUCUAGACGCAGUAGCUAUGUGGAUAAUAUGAUUAAGCAUGAUACUGUCAGCACUGAUAAGAGUUUUCAAUUAGUGAUUGCCAGGACCAGAUGCUUAUGAAUGAUAGCCCAUUAGUAGGAUUGUUAGCAGCAAUUAAUGGUUCUGACCAUCCUCUAAACACUGGAGACGGUUUGCAAUCGUCUUUGGUGUCUUGGGGAUCUGCCUUCUCUACCAUAAGUCAGUAUAGGCGUAAGAUGUGUGGCAAGGAAAUGAAAUAAGAUAUGAAACAUGUUUGACUGACUUGCCAAUCGCUACUUUCUUUUUUUCCCCGUCUGUAUGGUGCAGGGAAAUAAAAUCGAUCCUGAAACUUCAGGGUUCAGAACUGGUCGUGAACGUACCCGUAUAUGAGAAUGCAGAGAACAAGGAUAUAGCAACCAACAUAUUAAUCAAACAGCUCGAAGAAGUGGCCAAAGGUAGGCCAUGCCUUGACCCUGCUCAACUCCCGGCGUACCGUCCCAUCAACAUCUGUCCAAAAUACCACCUUGGGACGUCUAUUCAGGCUAAAGUCUGGCAAGGCAGCGGGGCCGGAUCAGCUGAACAAUAGAAUACUGAAGGAGUUUGCUUAUGAACUUAGCAAUCCUGCCACACAUAUCAUAAACACAUCCCUUAGAGAAGACCGUGCACCACAGAUGUGGAAGGAUGCGACAGUGGUGCCGUUUCCAAAAUCACAACCGCUAACAAUGGACAAAUUGCGACCUGUAUCACUAACAUCUCAACUUGCAAAAGUGGCAGAGUACUUCAUAUCGAAAUGGUUGAUCACCGACAUCAGAUCAUCAUUGGAUCCUAGGCAGUUCGGGUGUUUAGAGGGUCAAUCUACCUUGGUAACCUCGUCACCUCCCUGUGCCGAGAAUCUGAGAGACAAAACGUGAGCACACUGGUAUUCACUGAUAUUUCUAAGGCAUUUGAUCGUAUUGAUCAUACAGUUGCUAUACAAAAACCGAUCAGUGUUGGAGCAAGAAGCUCGCUUAUCCCUUGGAUUUGUGAUUUUCUAACGCAAAGACGGGGGUCAACUGUCCAAUUGGGAAGCCCUCACAUGCUCUGUCCCACAAGACACACUUCUGUGCCCACUUAUCUUCCUGGUCGUAUUUGACGACGCCAUUAGAACUGCAGCUGCGGAACAAUGGAAAUACGUGGAUUAUUUAACCUUGGGUGAGUAACGGAAAUGCGCUAUACCUCCGACAUUGCAAACGGAGUUAGACUGUUUUAAAGACUGGUCAAAGAAUAACCACCUAUUACUUAACCAGGACAAAUGUCAGACCAUGGUUGUCUGUUUCAUGAGGGUCCCUCCCCCACCAUCAACCCUUCUCAUCGACCGGACGGAACUAGAGGCGGUAUGAGUCAUGUGCCUGUUGAGGGUUUGGAUCCAGAAUAACUUGAAUUGGGACAAACAGGUGGACGUAAUGAUUGACAAAGCAGGUGGUCGUCUCGUCAUGCUGUGCAAGCUCAAGCGUGCCCAACUACCACUCUCGGACCUACUACAGAGCAUAUGUGAGACCAGUAUUGGAAUAUUGUGUUCCGGUAUUGCAGCCAGAACUGACCAGUACCCGGACUGUAAGGUUGGAGAGAGUGCGGAAGAGGGCACCUCGAACAGAUGAAGAAGUCUAUUCCACACAGUAGUACAAAAACAUGGAGGCCAUGGCUAAGGAAGUAAUAGAAACAUUCAGAACUGCAAAAUUGAGCAGCACUCCACUUCAGUCUUUUAGCAGCAAUGCACAGUGAUACCAAUAACAUUUACGUAUCGCCAGUAAGCUACACAGAGAAAUAGACAAGGGAGUUGUGGAACAAUACUAUACAAACACGAGACCAUAGGAACGCCACCGACAAACACAGCUUUGUCCAACGACCUCCACAGCUGCACUGGCACGUAAUCCCUCCUUCAACAAGCACACUGUAUAUAUCCAUCCGCAAGAAUAUUUGACAAGCCUGCAUGUCUAACGAAGAACUCCUGAUAGGACGUAAACAGUCACAUAAAUACAGUUCAGUUUGUAAUUU